GAUCCGGUGUCUUCGUAAUGAGGUGGAGAACGCUAAAGGAACUUCGCAAGCUCUACAGCACCGGCAGGCAGCCUUGCGUGACGUCGAGUGCCUCCGAUGGCCCGUAUUACCGGUUGCUAUCAAUGGCCGGAGCUUGUUGUACCAACAUUGUGUCACCACACCGCGUAGAGGUAAACGGUAAACACAAGAGACAGCAGUCGAGUGUAGCGAACGAUCAUCCAGCAAAGUGGGGAUACAGAGACGAGAGCGACCAACUCGGACCAUCACAAUGGAAAACACAGUACCCGGCUGCAAACGGACAACAUCAGUCUCCUAUUGAUCUGAAAGACCAGUUGGUGAAUAGAAGAGGUCGUUAUGGGCCAAUUAUGACAAAACUUGCUCAUGAAAACUCCUAUCUUGCUGAAAACAAUGGUCAUACUGUGAAAUUCACUCCAAAAACAGACCUUGUUAAUGAAAUUACUGGUGGGCCACUGACAGAGGUUUAUCGACUUGAUCAGUUUCAUUUCCACUGGGGACAACAUAAUCACGAAGGCUCCGAACACCAACUUAAUAGUCAUGCAUAUGCUGCUGAGGCUCAUUUUGUUUUUGUGAACACUGAUCUUUAUUGCAAUGAAGAUAAUCCUGCGAGCAAAGAACGUGGUCUUGCAGUCCUUGGUGUUCUUUUACAAGUUGGAGACCAUGGCAACGAAGAACUGUACAAACUUGUGGAAUGUUUCAAAGACAUCACAUUGCCGGGACAGCAGGCAAAAGUGGAAAAGAUCAACAUUAGUAGUCUGUUUCCUGAACAGAAGGACUACUACACCUACAAUGGUUCCCUCACUACUCCUCCUUGUUAUGAAAGUGUCACUUGGAGUGUAUUCCAUCAUCCGAUAACUAUCUCUCCACCUCAACUUGAUGAAUUCCGAAAGUUGCUCAAUGAACAUAACCACCAGAUUGCACCCAAUUUUCGACCUAUUCAAGAGAUGAAUGGUCGAUUGCUUUGUAGGAGCUUCAUAGUGUAGCUACCUCCAAGAAUCGAAACAUCACCUUUACAUUGUGCUACACAGACUACUCAAAAUGUUGCCAUUUCCUGUACUGUAAUAUAGUGCUUGUUGUCGUUGCUGGUUGCUUGGUGGUGGUUGACAAAGCUGUGUUCGUUGAUGUUUAGUGUUAUGGUGUGGCAUGUUGCUGGAAAGUUGUGAAUUCAAUAACUUUCAGAAAGCACCACUGGUG